AUGCCUACAGUUUGCAAUACUGUUCGUGGCAUAACGCAUUGGACAGUAGAUUUCGCUGCCAGUGAACCGUUCAAAACAUUAGUUGGGAUCAGUCUGGGACAUAGAAUUCCGAUCGCUCUGGGACAUGGAAUUCCAAUCAGUCUGGGACAUGGAAUUCCAAUCAGUCUGGGACAUGGAAUUCCAAUCAGUCUGCGACAUGGAAUUCAAAUCAGUCUGGGACAUGGAAUUCCUAUCAGUUUGGGACAUGGAAUUCCUAUCAGUCUGGGACAUGGAAUUCCAAUCAGUCUGGGACAUGGAAUUCCAAUGAAUCUGGGAUAUGGGAUUCCAAUCAGUCUGGGACAUGGGAUUCCAAUCAGUCUGGGACAUGGCAUUCCAAUGAGUCUGGGACAUGGAAUUGCAAUGAAUCUGGGACAUGGGAUUCCAAUCAGUCUGGGACAUGGGAUUCCUAUCAGUUUGGGACAUGGAAUUCCUAUCAGUCUGGGACAUGGAAUUCCAAUCAGUCUGGGACAUGGGAUUCCAAUGAAUCUGGGAUAUGGGAUUCCAAUCAGUCUGGGACAUGGGAUUCCAAUCAGUCUGGGACAUGGCAUUCCAAUGAGUCUGGGACAUGGAAUUGCAAUGAAUCUGGGACAUGGGAUUCCAAUCAGUCUGGGACAUGGGAUUCCAAUUAGUCUGGGACAUGGGAUUUCAAUCGGUCUGGGACAUGGAAUUCCAAUCGGUUUGGGACAUGGAAUUCCAGUCAGUCUGGGACAUGGAAUUCCAAUCAGUCUGAGACAUGGAAUUUCAAUCAGUCUGGGACAUGGAAUUCUAAUCAGUCUGGGACAUGGAAUUCCAAUCAGUCUGGGACAUGGAAUUCCAUUUAGUCUGGGACAUGGAAUUUCAAUCAGUUUGGGACAUGGAAUUCCAAUCAGUCUGCCACAUGGAAUUCAAAUCAGUCUGGGACAUGGAAUUCCUAUCAGUCUGGGACAUGGAAUUCCAAUGAGUCUGGGACAUGGAAUUCCAAUCAGUCUGGGACAUGGAAUUCUAAUCAGUCUGGGACAUGGAAUUCCAAUGAGUCUGGGACAUGGAAUUCCAAUCAGUCUGGGACAUGGAAUUCCAAUCAGUCUGGGACAUGGAAUUCCAAUGAGUCUGGGAUAUGGAAUUCCAAUCAGUCUGGGACAUGGAAUUCCAAUGAGUCUUGGACAUGGAAUUCAAAUCAGUCUGGGACAUAGGAUUGCAAUCAGUCUGGGACAUGGAAUUCCAUUCAGUCUUGGACAUGGAAUUCCAAUCUGUCUGGGACAUGGAAUUCCAAUUAGUCUGGGACAUGGGAUUCCAAUGAUAUUAGCCCUGAUGCUGUCAUCGAAUGCAGCUGCCAUAGAAGAAAAUAGUUUGACAGAUUUUGAGGCAGCAUCGUGGGUAUUACGAACAAAUUACUGUUCAAAUCUACGUCAAAAUGAGGCAGAGAUGAAAUAUCUGCAUGUGACUGAACUACAACAUGUUACUGGACUGCAACAUGUGACUGGACUACAACAUGUGAGUGUACUACAUCAUGUUACUGGACUACAACAUGUGACUGGACUGCCACAUGUAACUGGACUGCCACAUGCGACUGGACUGCAACAUGUGAUUGGACUACAGCAUGUAGUCUUUCAACAUGUGAUUGGACUGCCACGUGUGACUGAACUACAACAUGUAACUGGACUACAAUAUGUGACUGGAUUGCCACGUGUGACUGGACUACAACAUGUGACUGGACUCUCACAUGUGUCUGGACUGCAACAUGUAACUGGACUGCCACAUGCGACUGGACUGCAACAUGUGACUGCACUGCCACAUGUGACUGUACUACAUCAUGUAACUGGACUGCCACAUGCGACUGGACUGCAACAUGUGAUUGGACUACAGCAUGUGACUGGACUACAACAUGUGACUGGACUGCAACAUGUGACUGGACUACAUCAUGUGACUGGACUACAACAUGUGACUGGACUGCCAUAUGUAACUGGACUACAGCAUGUGACUGGACUACAACAUGUGACUGGACUCUCACAUGUGUCUGGACUGCAACAUGUAACUGGACUGCCACAUGCGACUGGACUGCAACAUGUGACUGCACUGCCACAUGUGACUGUACUACAUCAUGUGACUGGACAGCAACAUGUGACUGGACUACAUCAUGUGACUGGACUACAACAUGUGACUGAACUACAACAUGUGACUGGACUGCCACAUGUGACUGGACUACAACAUGUGACUGGACUGCAACAUGUGAUUGGACUGCAGCAUGUGACUGGACUACAACAUGUGACUGGACUACAACAUGUGACUGCACUGCCACAUGUGACUAGACUACAACAUGUGAUUGGACUGCCACGUGUGACUGAACUACAACAUGUAACUAGACUACAACAUGUGACUGGACUGCCACAUGUGACUGGACUACAACAUGUGACUGGACUCCCACAUGUGAAAGUAUGA